AGCUGUUCCUGGUGUCAAUUGGUACGCACGAACGCUCCAAGGACUUUGCAGAGGUUACGGGCUUCCCACGAGACAGCUUGUUCGCCGACCCAGAAAACGCGCUGUACGACGCUCUCGGCCUGGUUCGCAGCGUGGGGGCCACAUUCUUCUCAAUCGAAACACCCUUGGCGCUGAAACGCCGCGUGGAGGAGGGCCGUACGGCGGAUCUAGCUGAGGUGUUCCAGCGUUGGCAGCCCUGGAUUCCGCCCAGAAGCGAGCAGGCGCUACAGCAGGGCGGGUUGUUUCUGUUCGAGGGCGACAAGGUGUUGCUCAGUCACCGAGACAAGGCUACCGCCGCACAUGCGGAC